CUAAUUCAAAACCUUGCAGACUAUACUCAUGUUUUGAAAAUCUCAAUAUUAAUUUUAGCUAUGUUGGGGAGGGCUCUACGUUUGAGGGUGGCCAGAUGGCUGGUAGUUCCCAAGUGUAGUCACCACAACUACGUCAUGUCAGAGGUGAUGGCACAGAUAGAGAGGGACUGCGAUAAGAUCUGCAAGGUACCCAGGAUUCCACCGCAAAAGGUGACAGUGAUAGGCGCGGGCAGCGACGUGGGCCGCAUCGCCUCUCUGUUCCUCAAGCAGCAGAAGGUCAUCAAACUGCUGUCCCUGUAUGAUGAGGAGCCCGACAACAACGUGCUCGGCGUCGCCACCGACCUGGCGCACAUCGAUACCAGCACCGCGGUCGAGGCGUUCCAGGGCAGAGCGUUUAUGUGCCACGCUCUUGAUGACAGCGACGUGGUGCUGAUAUGCGGCGGCCACCGCGUGACGCCGGCGGAGUGCUGCACCCCGGACCGGGAGCUGUUCUUCCAGAACAUGCAGCACGUGCGCACGGCGGCCAUUGCGUGCGCGCAGUUCUGUCCGCAAGCCGUCGUAGCGGUGCAGACGCCGCCUGUCGACUGCAACUUUGCGCUCUGUGUUGAUACCCUGAAACUAGCAUGUGCAUACAACAAGUGCAGAGUGCUCGGUGUCAACGCCAUCAACUCCAUGCGCGCCAACCAGCUGUUCUGCGCGCUGACCGAGAGCGACCCCGCGACCACGAUCACGCCGGUGGUGGGCGGCACGGGCCGCUGCACCAGAGUGCCCGUCUUCUCUGCUGCCAAGGAAUCUGCGAAUUUGAGUCUGUGCAAUUUCCCACAGUCGCAAAUGGACUGCCUCACGCGCCUAGUCCGCGAGGCAGAAGACAUAAUCUGCAGAGUGAAGUGUAACAACGAACAGGGGCAUCUCUCUAUCGGUUUCUCUACUGCCAGAUUUGUGACUAGCAUUAUGAAAGGUCUUUUCGAGUCACCAACGUUCAUAGACAGUGCGCUGGUGGAGCAAGACGACCCGGCGCAAUGCUACAACAUGCGGAUUUGCGCCUCUCCAGUCACCGUGGGCAGGGGCGGCAUCGUGCAGUACGCGGUACCCAAGCUCAACGAGACGGAGACUAUGCUUUUAGAAGACGCCAAAUGUGACUUGGAAGAUUUGACAAACCUGGGCAGUUGCUACGCGCUGGGCAACGAAUACAGUCUUCACCCCUGCAAAAUCUGCCCCUGUUGUAACUAUCCGCCCUGCAGAGUAUGCAAGCCUUGCGCAUAGGAGAACAGUGUGCCUAGUGGGAGUUUUCAAUAUUUUCAUACUGUUACUAUCGCGUUAACGUAAACGCGAAUUUAUAUGGAAUUGAAACAGUUGUGCAGCCGUGCCACUUGAUGGCGCUGUUUCAAUUCCUUGGAAAUUCGCGUUUACGUUAACGCGAUAGUAACAGUAUCAAACUGCCCCUAGACUACAGAUACCUGUACACA